AUGGUCUCAGAGAGAGAGAGAGAGAGAGAGAAAAGAAAGAGAGAGAAAGAGAGAGAGAGAGAGAGAGGAAAGAGAGAGAGAGAGAGGGCAGAGACCGAGAGAGCGCGCCCGCCAGACGAGGCAGAGACCGAGAGAGCGCGCCCGCCAGACGAGGCAGAGACCGAGAGAGCGCGCCCGCCAGACGAGGCAGAGACCGAGAGAGCGCGCCCGCCAGACGAGGCAGAGACCGAGAGAGCGCGCCCGCCAGACGAGGCAGAGACCGAGAGAGCGCGCCCGCCAGACGAGGCAGAGACCGAGAGAGCGCGCCCGCCAGACGAGGCAGAGACCGAGAGAGCGCGCCCGCCAGACGAGGCAGAGACCGAGAGAGCGCGCCCGCCAGACGAGGCAGAGACCGAGAGAGCGCGCCCGCCAGACGAGGCAGAGACCGAGAGAGCGCGCCCGCCAGACGAGGCAGAGACCGAGAGAGCGCGCCCGCCAGACGAGGCAGAGACCGAGAGAGCGCGCCCGCCAGACGAGGCAGAGACCGAGAGAGCGCGCCCGCCAGACGAGGCAGAGACCGAGAGAGCGCGCCCGCCAGACGAGGCAGAGACCGAGAGAGCGCGCCCGCCAGACGAGGCAGAGACCGAGAGAGCGCGCCCGCCAGACGAGGCAGAGACCGAGAGAGCGCGCCCGCCAGACGAGGCAGAGACCGAGAGAGCGCGCCCGCCAGACGAGGCAGAGACCGAGAGAGCGCGCCCGCCAGACGAGGCAGAGACCGAGAGAGCGCGCCCGCCAGACGAGGCAGAGACCGAGAGAGCGCGCCCGCCAGACGAGGCAGAGACCGAGAGAGCGCGCCCGCCAGACGAGGCAGAGACCGAGAGAGCGCGCCCGCCAGACGAGGCAGAGACCGAGAGAGCGCGCCCGCCAGACGAGGCAGAGACCGAGAGAGCGCGCCCGCCAGACGAGGCAGAGACCGAGAGAGCGCGCCCGCCAGACGAGGCAGAGACCGAGAGAGCGCGCCCGCCAGACGAGGCAGAGACCGAGAGAGCGCGCCCGCCAGACGAGGCAGAGACCGAGAGAGCGCGCCCGCCAGACGAGGCAGAGACCGAGAGAGCGCGCCCGCCAGACGAGGCAGAGACCGAGAGAGCGCGCCCGCCAGACGAGGCAGAGACCGAGAGAGCGCGCCCGCCAGACGAGGCAGAGACCGAGAGAGCGCGCCCGCCAGACGAGGCAGAGACCGAGAGAGCGCGCCCGCCAGACGAGGCAGAGACCGAGAGAGCGCGCCCGCCAGACGAGGCAGAGACCGAGAGAGCGCGCCCGCCAGACGAGGCAGAGACCGAGAGAGCGCGCCCGCCAGACGAGGCAGAGACCGAGAGAGCGCGCCCGCCAGACGAGGCAGAGACCGAGAGAGCGCGCCCGCCAGACGAGGCAGAGACCGAGAGAGCGCGCCCGCCAGACGAGGCAGAGACCGAGAGAGCGCGCCCGCCAGACGAGGCAGAGACCGAGAGAGCGCGCCCGCCAGACGAGGCAGAGACCGAGAGAGCGCGCCCGCCAGACGAGGCAGAGACCGAGAGAGCGCGCCCGCCAGACGAGGCAGAGACCGAGAGAGCGCGCCCGCCAGACGAGGCAGAGACCGAGAGAGCGCGCCCGCCAGACGAGGCAGAGACCGAGAGAGCGCGCCCGCCAGACGAGGCAGAGACCGAGAGAGCGCGCCCGCCAGACGAGGCAGAGACCGAGAGAGCGCGCCCGCCAGACGAGGCAGAGACCGAGAGAGCGCGCCCGCCAGACGAGGCAGAGACCGAGAGAGCGCGCCCGCCAGACGAGGCAGAGACCGAGAGAGCGCGCCCGCCAGACGAGGCAGAGACCGAGAGAGCGCGCCCGCCAGACGAGGCAGAGACCGAGAGAGCGCGCCCGCCAGACGAGGCAGAGACCGAGAGAGCGCGCCCGCCAGACGAGGCAGAGACCGAGAGAGCGCGCCCGCCAGACGAGGCACGAUUGAGACGGGAUGCUCCAAUCCAGAAAGCGGGGGGAGGGGGGCCUGACACGCACGCCAUUCGGCCCCUCGAGCCUGCUCCAUCCUCCACUCCCACUUUGCUGCCCCCCUUUCCCCUCGAUUCCCUUCCUGAUUUGGAGAAGCAGCAAAAAAUCUAUCUCAGCCUCGGCAGCCCCCUGCCGUGA